AUGCCAGAGGUGAUCGACAUCACGGUCGAAGACGAUGUGGACCUCCCUCCUCGAACAGCCCCGCGAGCAACACGGAGCAACGUAGGCAGCUCUUCCGUCUCUGCCACCAGCGACGAGAUCGUUCGCACUGGCGGCCGUGAAACCGUCACGGUAUCUUUCGACCUGUCUACCCUCAGAGCGUCUUGGAAGAAGCUGCGUGAACGCCUUGCAGACGCGUUGCGAGAACGGGAGGACCGCGAACGUGAACGCGACGCCAAGACAAAGCUGGACGGCACUGCCGGACUCGCGAAUGCGGAUGAUGAGCAGGCUGUCGAGGCGCUUUCGCGGGUGAUCGACAAGCCUGACUUCGCAUCGAUGGAGGCCGUCGGCCAGUUCAACCUGGGCUUCAUUAUCGUUCGGAGGCGCAAACAAGGCGGCGAGGGAGAUGGCGUGGACGACGUGGAGAUGGACGAUCUGUUCGUCGUCGACCAGCACGCCGCAGACGAGAAGUACAAUUUCGAGACGCUCCAGCAGACGACGAAGAUCAAGUCCCAGCAGUUAAUCAGUCCCGAAGUGCUGGAGCUCACGGCGGCGGACGAAGUCGUGGCGCUGGAAAACAUCGACAUUCUCCGCCAAAACGGCUUCGAGCUGGACAUCGCUGAGGACCGACCCGCUGGGCAGCGCGUGCUGAUGACUGCGCAUCCUGUCAGUGGUAGCACCAAGUUCGAUGCCAAAGACCUCGAAGAGCUCCUGAAUUUGAUGCAAGACCGCCCGGCAGGACAGAUGGUUCGGUGUUCGAAGGCACGCGCCAUGUUCGCGAUGCGCGCGUGCAGGAAGAGCAUCAUGAUAGGUACCGCGCUGAACAAGCGGCAGAUGACGUCGGUCGUGCAACAUAUGGGGACAAUGGACCAACCCUGGCAUUGCCCUCAUGGCAGACCUACCAUGCGUCACCUGUCGGAUUUGGUGGGCGUCGGAUGGGAUUUCCGGAAAGGACCUUGGAAGGUCGAAUGGGGUGCAUUUGGCCGUGUGGCUGCUUCAGCAGCGAUAUGA